AUGUAAAAAAAAAAAACAACCCUACACACACAAAAGUCACUCCUGAGUAGAAGUUGCACCCCUGGCUGAACUAUGAAAAAACUGCGACCUAUACUCUGGAAAAUACGGUACAUGCUUUCUGCGUUUUUCUCUGAUUCUGUCUCCAUCCAUGCUGCCAGGUCCGUCCCUUUUCGUUGACCAAUUGCAGUUUGUUAGGGGCUGGGCUGGAGAGCACUGCUGAUGCCCUUUCUUAUAAGAAGCUUCUGCUCAGCUGCUCAACUUUCAUGAGAAGUUCAGUAGCAAGAGCCUGCUCAGCCAGCAGCAUCUCUUCCAUCUGUGGAUUUCAAGCUGAACGUCUAAGAGCUCAGGAGGAAGCGUUUCCUUCAUCAUGAAAUUUACAUCAAUGCUGUAGAAAAUCAGAGCAAAGACCCAUCAUCCGUCAGAACAAUGCUGGGACUGAACAAGCUGAGACUUCUGCUGCCUUUGCUGGCUUAUGUGACUCUGGCUCAAGGUUCUCUGAGGAUCAGGAACAUUUCAGACCGGAGCAAAAGAACGGUCUCCAACCAAUUCAGCGACUCGCAGAGGACAGGUGUGACUGAGUGGACAUCCUGGUUUAACAUCGACCAUCCCGGAGGAAAUGGAGACUAUGAGCGAUUGGAGGCUAUUCGAUUCUACUACAGAGAGCGAGUUUGUUCACGGCCCACAGCCAUAGAGGCUCGAACCACAGACUGGGUGACAGCCGCAGACACUGGGGAAGUGGUGCACUCUAGUUUGGAGAAGGGCUUUUGGUGCAUCAACAAAGAACAACCAAAAGGCAGCAUCUGUUCGAACUACCACGUCCGCUUUCAAUGUCCCCCAGUGCAGAGCUACUGGACUGAAUGGAGUGAAUGGGGUCCCUGUUCAACCACAGCCUGCAGUGAUGUGGGGAUCCAGGUGCGCCAGAGGAAGUGUUUGAGCUCUCAGCCGAUGCCUCUCUUGUUUGUUCCAGCAUGUCAGGGACACCACUCAGAGAGAAGGGAGUGUUCAACCCCUCAAUGCACCGCCAAAUGGAGUCCAUGGGGUCACUGGGGGAUGUGCACGGUGACCUGCGGUGGAGGUCAAAGAACCAGAAGACGCACCUGUGUAAGAACCUCAGCCUCUGUUCAGUGCAUUGGCCGCUCUGUUGAAGUACAGAAGUGUGGAAAGACACCAUGUCCUGCCAAAUGCCAGCUCGUAUGCGAGGAAGGCCAUCCCAACGAGGACUGCAGCCUCUGUGUGUGCGAGGACCGAGUGCUGCAUGGAGACGUCCAUAGUGUGACAGGAGUCCCUGUGGAGGGAGCCAGAGUGUCUCUGGGUACCCAUUCUAAAGCCCUCCAUGCUCAAACCAAUGUUAAAGGGGAGUUUAUGCUCGCUGGAGUCUGCUCUUCCAGUGCCACUUCAAUCAUCGUCAAAAAGGAGAAGUAUGUCCCAACAACUGUCUCUACCUCUACGAACACUACUGGAUCGUCCAGGUUAAAGGCUGUCCUCAGAUCCACUGAAAAGCCUUACAUUGUGAAGCACCCAGAGGACAAAGUGCGUUAUGAAGGAGGACGGGUGCUGUUCUGCUGCUCAGCAACGGGAUCACCGAAGCCCAGCAAGUAUUACUGGUACCACAAUGGGACACUCCUUGACAGAAAGAUUUAUAAGUAUGAAGAGGACCUUGCGCUGCAGGAUCUGAAGUUUGAGCAUUCAGGGGAGUAUUACUGCAAAACCAGCAACCCUGCAGGCAGCAUCAAGUCUUCUGUAGCCAGCCUUUCUGUAAUUGCUAAAGGAACCCCGGCCUGCAACUCCACUCCUGAAGCCCACCUCAUUAGGCUACCACUGGACUGUGUCCAACCUGGAACUGAAUCAAAGUACUACAAUGCUGGCCGCUGCCCACACAACAAAUGUGCUGGAUCCCUGGAGUUUGACAUGCGCUGCAGAGAUGGAGCCGGAUUUUGCUGUGGGGUUCAGAGUAUGGAGAGUCGGGUCAUUGACUGUGGUAGUUACAGUCUUCCCAUCCGGGUGGUGACACAAUGCGUCUGUCAGAAAUGUAUGCAGCCCACGGUAAUUGUUCGUGGAAGAGUGGUUGCAGCUGACAAUAAUGAGCCUCUGCGUUUUGGGCACAUCUACAUUGGCAAAGAAAGAGUGGGUACCACUGGAUACCAAGGAGGCUUUACUUUGAAAAUUUCUCAAGACACACAAAGAUUAGUGGUAAAUUUUGUUGAUCCCACUGAAAAGUUUCUUAACACUCCAAAGGUGUUCAUCUUUGACAAAAAAAGUGGAUCCAUCUAUCAUGACGUGAAAGUGAUGAGAAAACAGAAACCAAUUGAUAUUAAUUCCAGAGAGACCAAUGUCAUCGAUCUAGGAGAAAUUAAAGGGGAAGAUCCAAUUGGACAGUUAGUCAUCCCUCCCAAUUCCUUUCAUAAAGACACUGGGGAGGUGUAUGAGGGAACUGUGAAAGCUAGCGUCACAUUCAUUGACCCAAGAAACAUUACAACAGCAGCUGCAACCCCUGGGGAUCUCAACUUUGUAGAUGAUGAAGGUGACAUGCUCCCUUUGAGGACUUACGGCAUGUUUUCAGUGGAUUUCAGAGAUAACUCCAGCAACAAAGUACUGGGAGCAGGAGCUGUUCAAGUCCUCCUUGACACACAGCAUGUUAAAAUGCAGGAGCACAUUCCUCAAAUGAAACUGUGGUCUUUAAACCCAGAUACAGGGGUCUGGGAGGAAGAAAGUGAAUUCUCGUACAGCACAACAGCGGCCGAUGGUCAUGGACGGAGCAAGCGCGAGGAGCGUACCUUCCUUAUAGGAAACAUGGAGAUAAGAGAGCGCAGACUCUUCAAUUUAGAUGUGCCUGAAAGCAGGCGGUGUUAUGUGAAGGUUCGUGCCUACAUGAGUGACAAAUUCUUGCCUACUGAACAGCUGGAAGGUGUCGUGAUCACUCUGAUAAACCUUGAGCCCAAACCUGGCUAUUCCUCCAACCCCAGGGCGUGGGGGCGCUUUGACAGUGUCAUCACUGGCCCCAAUGGAGCCUGUUUGCCAGCUUUCUGUGACGCCAUGAGGCCCGAUGCUUACACAGCUUAUGUCACAGCAAUGCUAAAUGGAGAGGAGCUUGAGGCUGCUCCUUCCACACCAAAGAUGAAUCCAAACAUUAUUGGAGUAUCUCAGCCUUAUCUGGAAAAACUAGACUACCAGCGUUCAGACCACAAAGACUCAGCCCUAAAGAAAACAGCCUUUAAAAUCAAUCUGGCAAAGCCGAACCAAAACAAUCUUGAUGAGACCAAUGGGCCUAUAUAUCCAUAUCAGAGUAUGAUAGCUUGUGAAAAUGCCCCUAUAGAUGCAAACCAUUUUAGAUUUUUUAGAGUGGAAAAAGACAAGUAUGAGUACAAUGUUGUUCCCUUUGAAGAAAAUGACUUGACGUCUUGGACUGGAGACUAUCUCUCCUGGUGGCCUAACCCUCAGGAGUUUAGAGCAUGCUUUAUUAAAGUCAGAAUUCAUGGGCAGAAGGAAGUAAUGGUCAGGUCAAGGAACCACGGAGGAACCCACCCACAAACAAAGAACAAACUUUAUGGUAUUAGAGACAUUCGGAGUACUCGUGAUAUGAGAGAGGCCAACACCUCAGCUGCUUGUCUUGAGUUUAAAUGUAGUGGCAUGUUAUACGAUCAGUCAGUAGUAGACAGAUCCCUGAUAUCAGUGCUCCCACAGGGUAACUGUCGGAGGAUUCAUGUCAACAACCUCCUACAGGAGUACCUAAUUAAACACCCACCGUUCACUCAAAGUAAUGGGUCUCAUUCUUUCACCAUGAUGGCGCCUGUGGAUCCUUUGGGACAUAACUAUGGCAUCUACACUGUCACGGACCAGAACCCAAGGGUGGCCAAAGAGAUUGCGAUUGGACGAUGCUUUGAUGGCACCUCAGAUGGUUUCUCCAGAGAGAUGAAGUCCGACUCUGGAGUAGCACUGACCUUCAGCUGUCCAGAGAGGAAAAUUAACAGGCAAAGUCUAUUUCAACGUCUGCAAACCAACCCAGGUCAGACUUUAUCUCAAAUGGCAAGAGACAUGAGGGACUCUCAGGGUGAGCAGAGGCAAAGGUCAGCUACCCAGGUGGUGUUUCCCUCAGAGCAGCGUGGCAGAGGCCGGAGUCGCAGAAUUAGCCCUGGGGCCAGGAGAACAGUGCCUGUGCGAGCACAGCAGUACCAAUAAGUAGUUCCAAAGAUGUAGCACUUUUUAAGAUAGUUCCGUCUAAGCUUAUAUUUACAGCAAUUUCUGAAGGAUUUGUUAUUUUCUUUUAAUUUUAAAAUCAAUGGUUAAAAACACCAAAACUCCAGAGGAAAAGUUGUCUGCAUUCAUUCUCUGAAGACACUAAAAACACUACUGGGUACAACCAUUCAGUAAAGUCAUUGGUUUGAUUGACUAAUCAUGAACCAAAUGGACACUAGAAUAAAUGUGCAUUAAAAUGUAUUCCUUUCUCUUAAAAAAUACAUAUCCUUUGUCAUUUUGUAAAUGUACAACAGGCUCAAAUUAGUUUUGUUUUAAUUUCUUAAAUGAAUACAUAAUAUUGUCAAAUGAGAAUGGGUUGUUUUAUAUUACUUUCUGUGGUAUUUUACUUUCUUUCAAUGUACUGUACUUAUCUGUAAAUACUUUGUUAAAUAUGUCUUAUUUGAUUAGUAUUUUCUAAUGAAUUCAUCAUUUAGGAUCAUAAAAAAAUGAACUGGAAGUCUUUGUUUUUCCAAAAAUGUCUAAACUGCUCACUAAACUCUAAAAGUCUUACAAAGAAGGAUGCAUUUAAAAUCAGCCUCUCGGAGGUCAAACGUAAUUAUAAAUAAAGCUUUUUAAUGUUUUUUUAGUGGUAUUCCGUAAACUCCAAUCAGUUCAAAGUCCUCCCACACCCACUUCAGAUGUAAAAGGCCAAAACUGUCCCAAGGAAAGCAAAGAUUUCACUUAGAAAAUCUCCAUAAUGAUAAUAAUUUAUUGUGAGAUGUAACCUUACUGUUGCUAAACAAAGUGUCACUGUAUCCAAACAGUGUUUCUGCAUUUUGUAUUACUCAUAUGUUGAGAGGUUUAUUCAGUGUCCAGAUGAAACUUUGUACUGAUAAAUGUUUGUAAACUUUCUUUGUAUUUUGAAGUGCAAUAUUAUCAAUAAACUUGAGAAUUAGUC